AUGUAUCAUUGGUCAGAUUCCACGGUCGUGUUAAAUUGGAUCGCGUCUCCGUCGCGAAGAUGGUCUGUAUUCGUGUCUCACAGGAUUGGAGAGAUCCAAAGUUUGACGGAUCCGCGGAGCUGGCGUCACGUCCGAUCGGAGGACAAUCCGGCGGAUCUUUUAUCAAGAGGGCUCGACCCUCGAGAUUUACCAGAGGCAACAACGUGGUGGCACGGGCCUACCUUCUUGCAACACAAUUCUGACUUGUGGCCCGAAUCCGCGUUCGUGUGCUCUCUAGAUGACUUUCCGGAGCAGAGGAAGUGUAUUGCGACUGUCGCGGUAUUGGAUCAUUCUAUCGUGGACGAGUUGCUAAACCGACAUUCAAGGCUCACCAAAGCAUGCCGCAUCAUCGCGUACUGCUUAAGAUUUUCCAAGUCCCAUCGCCCCCGCGAAAUUUCAAGCGUUGUCUCUCAUCAUGAGAUGCUUAACGCGUUACGAAUCAUAUGCAAAGCGGUACAACGCCAGGCGUUCCCCGCUGAAUACAAGGCCCUCAGCGAAGGCCGCGUUCUUCAGACGUCCAGCAAUGUGCUGGCUUUAUCCCCGUUCAUUUGCAAGGAAGGGCUAAUACGAGUGGGGGGGAGACUGGUCAACUCGGAGUUGAAUUAUGAGGCGCGUCAUCCAAUUUUAUUACCGCGUAAUCACGUUUUAACACGGCAAAUAAUAUUGCAAGAACACGAGCGAAAUGCUCACGCGGGCGUGCAGGCCACGAUGGCGGCGGUGAGAUAUCGUUAUUGGCCGAUAGGAUUAAGAUCGGCCGUCCGAAAACUAAUCAGAAGUUGCAUGGUGUGCUUUAAAAGUCACCCAACUCAAUCGGAGGCUAUCAUGGCAGCCCUACCGGCGGGACGGGUAACUGCUUCGAGACCCUUCAUGCAUUGCGGCGUGGACUAUGCGGGUCCAUUUAUAGUGCGUGAAUCUAAAAGACGAAAUGCGCGUACGCAUAAGGCGCGCAGCUCAAGGAACUCCGUGAUUUUUUUACAUAACGAGCAAGCGCAGCUCGAAGUAGCGCAACUCCUUCGCGAUCAGGAGACCGAUUGGAAGUUCAUUCCGCCCAACGCGCCUCACUUUGGAGGCCUUUGGGAAGCCGCCGUCAAGUCCGCUAAGCGGCAUCUUAGUCGAGUGGCCGGGAAGGCGUCGUUGACGUUCGAGGAAUUGCAAACAACUUUUUGCGAAAUAGAGGCGAUUUUUAAUUCCCGUCCUUUCACUCCUCUAAGUGAGGAUCCGAACGAUUUAAGUUUUUUAAGUCCGGGCCAUUUUCUGAUCGGCACCGCCCUGAAUAGUUUCCCCUAUCACGAUUUGACUAAUGUUAACGAAAACAGAUUGUUGCGUUGGCAGCGAGUCGAGCAGACGAGGCAGCACUUCUGGCGCAGAUGGAGCCAGGAAUACCUGAACACCCUCCAGGAACGAGGCAAAUGGAGAGCUAACAAAGGCGAACAACUGCAACCAAAUCAGAUGGUUUUGAUAAAGCAACAAGGACUGGCCCCUCUCCAAUGGUUGUUGGGCCGAGUGGAGAAGAUCCAUGCAGGAUCUGACGGAGUCGCGCGAGCGGCCACUGUCCGCACGGCAAAUGGACAAUAUACUAGGCCGUUAACUAAAAUCGCAAUUCUCCCUAUAGAUAAAUAG